AUGCCUGAUCUCGCGUCGGACAGGAAGUCGUCGGUCCUGCGCACGGCCACCCUGGGCGACUUGCGCACGCUGCAGCACGUGGCCAUCCUGAAAGACACAGCGAGCGUGGGGGACUGCCUGAAGACGCUGGCAGCGCACAGGAUAGUCUCUGCCCCUGUUGUUGUAGCCACCAAGGAAGAUGAACACCCAGGUCCUGUGUGGCACUUCAAGAAGGCCCCAGAGGACGUCCUUGGGUUUGUCGACAUCAAAGAUGUCAUCCACUGCUUCCUUGAAGAUGUGAAAGACACAGGGAUUCUCGAAUAUCCGUCGAUGCUGAAGAAGAUGCGCGCCUUGGAGCAGAAGGGGACAGCAUUCUCCCACAGGACAAUAAGAGAGCUGCACCUCACAGGUGGUGAUGGUUGUUUUCUUCAUGUUGGUCAACAGGCAGUGAACCUGUUUGAGCUUGCCCAUGGCUAUCUUCUGAAUCCCAGCAGAUGUGGUGCACAAGGAUCGGAAGGCAGGCCAGCCAUUCACAGGAUAGCAAUCUUUGACUCUUCUGGGAGGAUCGUUAAUAUUAUUAGCCAAUCCGACAUUGUCAGGUACCUCUUGGAACAUGUGGACAAAAUGUCGGAUGCUGCAUCUCAGACUAUAGCGGACCUCGGGAUGGCCACCAAGCAGUUGAUCACUGUUCCACCGGAGAAGAGUGCUGUCGAGGCGCUGAAGAUCAUGGAGGACAACAACGUUGGAGCAGUAGCGGUUGUCAACAGCGAAGGACAGAUUGUUGGGACUUUCAGCGCAACGGACAUGAGGACAAUAACCCAAGAGCAUUUUGGCAGCCUGGCACUGCCAGUUGGAGAGUUCCUUGCUCUUGAACACGGAACCGAGUAUUCUGGCUACACCAUCGCGUCGGAGACUGCAGUUCAGGGCACUGAUGCCCACGCGUUUGCAAGGGACAGAUUAGGGAGGGUGGCUUUGCCGGGUGCCGAAGUGGGGCAGUCGCUGGUAGUGUGUGGUCCACUGACAACUCUGAAAGGGGUUAUGAGCUUGUUGACAAGAAAUCGCGUUCAUCGCACGUUCGUCGUGGACGAGAACAUGAAGCCCGUCAGCGUCAUUUCCUGCACGGACAUUUUGCGGAAGCUCUGCCAAAUUGAACAAUGA